AUGCCGCCGUCCGUCGCCUCUCUUCCUUUCCUUUCUCGCGUUUCCCGAGGAUCUCGGACGCCAUCUUUCCGCUACUACUACUACUACUACUACUACCACCAGCAGCAACACCACCAUCACUGCUCUCUAUCUGAUGAUCGAGAGGGUCUCUCGGGUUCGAGGAUCACAAUUCAGCAAAAUUUCGCGGAAGAUCGAGAUGGAAAAGGAGGUGGCGGUAAAGGCCUGAUUGGAGGCGGCGGCGGUUACGGAUAUGGAGGAGGAAAAGGCAAGGGUAAAGGCGGUGGAGGCGGCUACAGUUCCAGCUCGUCGUCUGGCGGCGGCAGCAGUGCCAAAAAGGGAGGAAAGAAGGGCGGUGGCGGCCUGCUCGGUCUCUUCGGAGGCGGCAAGAAGGGCGGCGGCAAGGGAGGUAAAGGCGGCAAGGGUGGCGGCGGCUACAGCUCCUCCUCCAGCGGCGGCGGCCUCGCAAACAUCGGCGGCUACGGAUCCUCAUCCUCCAGCGGCGGCAACUCUGGAAAAACUAAGGGCAAGGGAGGCGGCGGCAAGAAGGGCGGCGGCAUCCGUGGUCUCUUCGGAGGCGGCAAGAAGGGAGGCGGUAAAGGAGGCAAGGGUGGCAAGGGAGGCGGCGGCGGUGGUUACAGCUCCUCCUCCAGCGGCGGCGGUCUCGGCGGGUACGGAUCCUCUUCCUCCAGCGGCGGCAGUUCUGGAAAGUCCAAGGGCAAGGGAGGCGGCGGCAAGAAGGGCGGUGGAAUCCGCGGACUCUUUGGACGUGGCAAGAAGGGAGGCGGCAAGGGCGGCAAGGGAGGCAGCUCCUCUUCCAGCGGCGGCGGUGGCGGCUAUGGAUCCUCUUCCUCCAGCGGCGGUAGUUCUGGAAAGUCUAAGGGCAAGGGCAAGGGAUCUGGCAAGGGACGCGGCAAGGGCGGAAAGGGAGGCAAGGGCGGCAAAGGCGGCGGCGGUGGCGGAUACGGCAGCUCCUCUUCUUCCGGCGGCGGCGGCUACCAGCGUGAAGGCAUCAUGAAGAAGCUCAAGAAGGCCCUCAAGGGAAUCAAAGGUAACGUAUCUCCUGAUACUUCGUACGGUUGGUCGUCGAGCAGCAGCAGCGGCAGUGGCGACGCGGACAACGACGAUGACGAGGGCUGGGAUCUGGAAAGCAAGCUGGAGGGCUGGAAAGACGGCAUCAAAGGCGGCAUGAAGGACUUGAAAGACGGGAUGGAUGGGUUGAAGGACUCAGUUGACACGGGGGUCAAGAAAGUCGGGGCCAAGUUGCUGAGGAGCAAGGCCAACUUGCUGGCCACGAAGGCCAACGUUUUCGACGCCCUGGCCUGGGAUUUCUACUCAAAAGCCAAGGACUUGGGCAAAGGCUCUUCCGGAGGCAAAGGCGGUAAGGGAGGCGGAAAGGGAGGCGGCAAGGGAGGCAAGGGAGGCCAUGGCGGCGGUUACGGACACCAUCACCACAGCAGCAGCUCCGGCGGCGGCGGACACAGCAGCGGCGGCGGAUACGGAGGCGGUCACGGAAACGGUCAAUCCGGCGGUUACGGCCUGAGCAGCAGCGGAUCCUACGGCGCCCCCAGCGUCGGCUACGGCGCACCAGCAGCCAGCAGCGGUGGUUACGGAGGCGCUAGCAGCGCCGGACACGGUGUCAGCUCUGGCUACGGCGCCCCUGCCCAAGAAUACGGCGCACCUGCCCAAGAAUACGGCGCCCCUGCUCAAGAAUACGGCGCACCUGCCCAAGAAUACGGCGCUCCUGCUCAAGAAUACGGCGCACCUCAACAAGAAUACGGCGCACCUCAACAAGAAUACGGCGCACCGCAACAAGAAUACGGCGCACCUCAGGUCAGCUCUGGCUACGGCGCCCCCGCAGUCAGUUCCGGAUACGGCGCCCCUCAGGUCAACUCCGGCUACGGCGCCCCUGCGAGCAGCGGCGGCAGUGACGGCGGCUACGGAUCCUCCGGCGGACAGCAAAUCUCCAUCGCCCAGGCUCCAGCAUACGGUUCCCCCGACGACUCCUACGCAGCGGCGCCUCAGGGCGGCUACGGUGCCCCGGCUCUCAGCUACGACGCCCCCGCGGUCUCUGACUCUUACGGGGCCCCGUCGGGCGGCUACAGCGCCAAGGACAGCUACAGCGCCCCAUCAGACGCCCACGCUGCACCUGUGGCGGUCCCGGCACCGGCCUACAGUGCUGCUCCCGCACCCAGCAGCUACGACGCCCCCGCAGUGUCGUCCGGCUACAGCGUGGCGCAGGCGGCGCCUUCAGGUGGGCCACACCUACACCACCCCGGACCCAUACCCGUACCCUUUCCCGCACCUUUACCCGCACCUGCCCCUGUUUUCGAACCCGUAACCCCGGUCUAUGACCUGUCCAUCCUCACGCGUCUGCCCGAGACCAACCGGGUUCCACAACAGGGCUACGGACAUGCCGCCGACUUCCUGCCUCAGCCCCCGAACCAACCCGAACCCAAGUCCGUGCAGCCGUACGGGUUCCCAGCCCAGCAACCCUCCCCUCCUCAGCACCACCACAACCAUCACCACCAAAAUGUCCAAUCCGGCCCCGGGGCCUUUGAUGAGCAACCCGUCGCGCCGCAGAACUUCCCCUCGUCGAGUUACGGGCAACCCGAAAUAGGCCAGCAACCCAAUUUCCACCCAGGACCUGGUCCGCAAUCCUACGAAGCCCCAAAACAACAGCCCGAUUUCCCACCCCAAAACUUCGAGCAACCCAGGUUCUAUAAUCAGGGACAAGUUUCUUUUGAGCAGCACCAGCAGCAGCCUCAGCAGAGUUACGAGCAACCCGCGGCUCAGCAACAUAAUUUUUUCCCCAGUCCUGAGUCGUACGAGCAACCUUCGGGUCAAGAGCAGCAGAAUUUCUUGUCAGGUCCCUCUGAGUCUUACGAGCAACCCGCGAAUCAGCAGCAGCAGCAGCAAAAUUUCUUCCAAGGCCCCGGUUCUUACGAGCAACCCGCAGCUCAACAGCAGCAGAAUUUUUUCCCGAACCCUGGGUCUUAUGAGCAACCCGCAGCUCAGCAACAGAAUUUUUUCCCGAACCCUGUGUCUUAUGAGCAACCCGCAGCUCAGCAACAGAAUUUUUUGCCGAGUCCUAGUUCUUCUUAUGAGCAGCCCGGGCUUCCCCAGCAGCAGCAGCAGCAGAGUUACCAAUCCGUCGUCCCACAGGGUUUUCCUUCUGGUAGUUACGAACAACCCGGGGUUCCCCAACAGCAGCAGCAGCAGAAUUACCAGCCCUCCGCGCAGGGUUUCCCUUCGUCGGGUCACGAACAGCAGCAGCAGCAGCAAUCCCACCAGCAACAGCAGGGGUACAAUCAGGUGGCCCCGCAACCCGGGCCCGACUCGUACGCGACGCAGGCCCAGGGUCAGAACAGCCAAUCGGUGUAUAUUGCCCCACCGAAUGGGAUCCAUGGGCCGGUCGAGAUGCAAUUCCUGCUCACGUACGAGACGGACCAUGGGCAGCAACAAGCGUAUGCGGGGCCAGCUGAGGAACCCGGGAAUCACGGUCAGCAGCAACCCGUGGGUUUCGUAGAGCCCGUGACUUACGAGGUCGACGAGUCUAAGAACGGCAACUCCAUCGUGCAGGAAAACACGGGUUAUGGGUCUGUGGUACCCGUCGCGAACCCGAGCGUGAGGGUAGAAGUGCCGAGUGACGAGUUCUACAUCCCGAAUAAUCGCGGGGUCGGCCCGAACCCGAAACCUUAUUAA